GCUAAAGAACUUGAGUUGUUUUUAGAGUUAACUUUUUGGAAAUCAGAUAAAAGCAUGUAUACAUUUCUGUUCCCCUCAGCUGCUCUGCAGCUUCAGAUUCCAUGUGCCAUUUGAAUUUCAGCACGAGAAGUCUGAUGAAUGUCAGGCAGGACUCUGUUGUCAUUAGGAUUUGGAUUUGAGUGGCAGGAGCAUGUGACUGCUUUGCAAGGAGCUAUUUUUAGUAUGGGGUGUUGGUUUAGUCUCCAAACUGUAGCAAGUUAGUGUGAGACACAUUUGUAGAGGCGCAAAAAAGGACGAACAGUGUGAUGUGAGUUCUGAAGUUUCGAUAUGGGCUGUUGCUUCAGCAAAGAACUCAGUAUUGACAGUGACAAUGAGAAAAUUGGCCUGUUACAAAAAUGUGUGGAAGAGAAGAAACCGGAGACCAAGAUAAGUAAAACUUUAUCUUCAUUAUUUGAUACCCUUGAAGGUGAGGAGCUUCAUAAUGUUGAAAAUGGACCCAGCAGAGCAGCCGCUGGUGUUACCGUGUGGACUAGAGUUUUUACAAGGUCCAGGCACAAACAGGAUCAUAGAUCAAAGCAGUCAUUGAAUUCUAAUUCCUCCACCACUUAUGAGUUCUUUUAUGGGUCUGAAAAUUUAGAUGACGUUAAUAAGAAUUUAGAUACUGUUGCUACUGAAGAGAAUUAUGAGUUUGCCAGUGAUCCACUGGGUAUGAAUAGUGAUAGACAGGCUUGUUCUGAAAAUGACCAGCCUUUCCCACAUGUGCUCAUGUCUUCUGACCAGCAGGAGAAAACUUUUGUAAGUGACCAUCUGCAAUGUUACCUGGCCACUUGCAAAAACUCAUCGGAAAAAGGAAAAGUACUAAAUGGUGGAAUCACUAGUUUAAAUGAGAGUAACUCUGUCAGCGUGUCUGCUGGGGAGUUGCGAAAUACAACCCGUAUUUGUGUUGGUGACAAACUGUGUAAGAAUUCAAGGGAAAGCAGAUUUUACAGUAUUUGUGCUGUAGAUCUGGAUUGUAUGGACAUGGAUGAGGGACUGUUCACUCCCAUAUAUGGAACAGCUGCAGAAGAAAGCCAUUCAGCUGUUACUUGCCAAGUUUUCCAAGAGGAUCAGCCCUUAGAUAACAGGGAAGAGCGUACUGCCUCAGAUGCCAUUCAGAAGGCAGGAGAGCGAAAGCUGCAGCAGGAAGAGCUGUUACCCCAAGAUGUCCUCGGCCCAUAUGACAAAAGAGAAGUGUCUAGUGAGAAAAGUGAAUUGAGUUCUGAUCCUUUGGUGGACAAUGCUGCAUCUGCUGAAGCACUCAUCAGUGACUUGCAAGCUGAGCCUCUAAGGGCAAAAGUUCAUGCCAAAUUCCCUAAUGAUCACACAGUACAUAGUAUAUUACAUAAUACUGGCCUACUCCCUGAAUUAACUAUUAACAUAGGCAGUGACUCAUUACAGUGCAUGUGUGCUUCAGGAAUAGGAAGUCAGAUGGGUGAUUCGCUUGUUAAUUUACCAAGUGAUAAUUCCGAUGUUGAUGGGAUUGGUGAACCUGCGGCUACAGCAGUUAGCACUUUUCAAAGUUUAAACUCUAAAAUGGAAAGAGAGCAGGACUCUGAAAAGCCACUAGAAGGUAAUGACUACUUCCACAUCAGUGUUAGCAGGUCAGGUAGGAUCCUUCCCUUUGGUCUAGAUAAGAUUAAUUUAAGUCCUGAAAAGUUAGCUUCACAGAGCUCGGACAGUGAGUUUCUCCCAGUUCAUGCUAAUUUCAAAGAAGCUGCUUUGAGCAAACUUGAUGGCCCUAAUCCUAUAUCCCACCCGGGACCAGUAUGUGUGGAGGAACGACACUUGGGGGAUAGCGAUCUGGAAACUGGAAGUAUUCAGCUGGCAAACAGGGGUGAGCUGUUCCUGUCUUCUGAAAAGAGUUCCACUUGUCAAGAUGAGGAUAAAAUGAGCAUUUUAGAGACGGAGAGCCAUGCAAAGAGAGAGUUGAAAAGUCGGUGUCAAGCAGAUGUCUUUAGAGGUAAUAGGGCAGACAAGGCUCAGAGAAAAACUUAUGAUUUAACUCAAGUGAAAAGUGAACCAGACACAGAAGAGGUGGUCCAGAAGGCGGAUCUCCUGAAGCUUGGACCUUCACAAGGAAUGCCAAAUGUCGAGACUCACGAUCACUCCAGACCUCAUCAGGGCACAGUAACACCCCCUGCAUUUAUUUUCACUUGUACUGGUCCUGAAGCAAGGGGAACAGGCCUACAUGGCAAAACAGGAGAUAAAGUACAUGUGAAGAGCCAAUCUAGUGGGCCCUAUGUACUAGCAAAUGCUGAAAAGCAACCACAGAAAGCUAAUUAUAGAGAGAGCAGUGAGAAGAACAUAGGAAAUGCCGAGUCAGGUGCUCAAACAAACUUUCAUUGGGAAACCAGUGUUCUUAGCAAUGCUGUGCCCAAUGGGAAUAUGGUAACUUGUAUUGGUACUGGCAUAGCAGCAGAUCCUGAUUGUGAAACUAAUCAAAUUGAAAACAGUUACAGAACUGAUGGUGUGAAUGAAGACCCAGACCUUACAGUUGUACCACCUUUAAACCACAGUUUAUUGUCACCCGAAGAGGAGUGGGCCAACAGUGACAGAAGCCCAGACCUGUGUCUCAUUAACACUGAAUCAAUUAAAGAUGUUUCGAAAACCUUUGGUAAUGAUGCAUCAGAAUUGAGCAAACAAAAGCUAACAUGCAAAAAAGAGAACGAGAAACUUUGUUUGGAUAAAGACAGUAAUAAUCCUAACAGUACUGGCUGCUUAGGCCCAUGUAAGACGAAAAGAAAAAAAGCCAGAUCCCCAGUUAAAGAAUCCACUUUAAAUGGGGAGAUACAUUUUUCGGGAAACUCUGAGGUGACUUUUAAGAAAACAGUAUUAUAUGACACUUCUGAAGAGUGUUCUUCUUUGAUUGAUGUCAAGUCUAUACGAGUGGAUAUGCCUGCAGCUAGUAGUCCUGGUAAUGCUUCCCAGGCAAUUCCUGACGUCCCAGCUGACAGCACAGAAUGUGUAGUGCCAAGUGGUGACCACAUUGCAUCACCCACAGAGGAUGUAUCUGAAAAUCCCUCAGAAAUGGAUUGGCACAGGAUCCCCGAAGAGUUCUAUGCUUGUUUUUUGAAUGAAUUUUCCUAUUACCCCGUGGGAGGGCUAGCAAGUCAGGCACUUUCAGAUGGACUGGCAGGUGGGUGUGGCAGAUCUCAAGUGGGCUAUCUAUGGGCUAACACAGCCACAGAAAACAUGACAGAAGAUGCUCAGUUUUUUAAUGAGGAUGUACACAGCAAGCCCCAAUACUUAGAAAAUACUUCAUUCUCCUUGGAACAGACCCCUUUUCAGCUGCCAGUGUCAGAGGAUGGUAUUGUUUGGGGAUGGCCAAAUAGAGGUGGACAGUUAGGCCCAACAACUAAGGUUUCAGAGCUAAACCCUAAUGCAAAAGUAUGGGGGACUCAUAUGUUACAUUUGGAAGCGAGUAGUGCAGCUGUUGGUGUGAAUGCUGCGUGGGAAGAGGCUCCCGGCCAUCCUACAGACUGUGACCAGCAGGUUCUAGGAUUGGAUACCAAUGGUGAUGGCGACAAAAGUCGAGAGAAUGCAUCGCUCCAGGACGCACAGGAGGCAGAGCAGACAGACAUGAGCACUCUGACUCUGGAUCAUUCAGAAUAUGAAUCUCUGCCUGAGAACAACGGUACGGGAGGAAAUGAGUCUCAACCAGAAAGCCAGGAAGACCCUCGGGAAGUACUUAAAAAAACAUUGGAAUUCUGCUUAUCUAGGGAGAAUCUUGCUAGCGACAUGUACCUUAUAUCCCAGAUGGACAGUGAUCAGUAUGUGCCAAUUACAACGGUAGCUAACCUUGACCAUAUCAAGAAACUCAGUACUGAUGUGGAUUUGAUUGUUGAAGUGCUAAGAUCUUUACCUUUAGUCCAAGUGGAUGAGAAGGGAGAGAAAGUAAGGCCAAAUCAGAACCGGUGCAUAGUAAUACUGCGAGAGAUAUCUGAGUCUACCCCUGUGGAAGAAGUAGAAGCACUAUUUAAAGGAGAUAAUUUACCAAAAUUUAUAAACUGUGAAUUUGCCUAUAAUGAUAAUUGGUUUAUUACCUUUGAAACAGAAGCUGAUGCACAGCAGGCUUACAAGUACCUUCGAGAAGAAGUCAGAACUUUCCAAGGAAAGCCAAUUAAGGCGCGGAUAAAAGCAAAGGCAAUAGCGAUAAACACAUUUUUGCCAAAGAAUGGAUUUAGACCUCUGGACAUGAACCUUUAUACACAGCAGCGCUAUGCUACAUCGUUUUACUUACCUCCAGUGUACAGUCCCCAGCAGCAGUUCCCUCUGUACAGCCUGAUCACCCCCCAGACAUGGUCAACUACACAUAGUUAUCUUGAUCCACCCUUGGUAACUCCUUUUCCAAGUACUGGAUUUAUAAAUGGGUUUACAUCUCCGACCUUCAAACCUGCAACGUCUCCUCUGACAUCACUCAGACAAUAUCCUCCUAGAAGCAGGAAUCCUAGUAAGUCUCAUCUGCGCCAUGCGAUUCCUAGUACAGAGAGAGGGCCUGGGCUGCUAGAAAGUCCUUCAAUAUUUAACUUCACUGCAGAUCGAUUAAUUAAUGGUGUCCGGAGCCCACAGACGAGGCAAACAGGGCAAACUAGAACACGAAUACAAAACCCUUCAGCUUAUGCCAAGAGAGAGAUUGGAACUGGGCGUGUGGAGCCAAGUAGUCUUGAAUCCUCUCCUGGUUUAGGGAGAGGAAGGAAAAAUUCCUUUGGCUAUCGGAAGAAAAGAGAAGAGAAGUUUACAAGCAGUCAGACGCAGUCUCCAACACCACCAAAGCCUCCAUCGCCGAGCUUCGAACUGGGACUGUCCAACUUCCCCCCAUUACCUGGAGCUGCAGGCAAUUUGAAGGCAGAGGACUUGUUUGAAAACAGGCUUUCCAGCUUGAUCAUAGGAUCUUCAAAAGAAAGAAACCUCAGUACAGAUGCAAGCACAAACACUGUUCCUGUAGUGGGACCCAGAGAGCCCUCCGUGCCAGCGCCCUGUGCAGUGUCGGCAGCGUUUGAACGGUCCCCUUCCCCGGUCCAUUUACCCGAGGAUCCCAAGGUGGCAGAAAAGCAGAGGGAAACUCAGAGUGUGGACAGACUCCCUUCUACCCCUACUACAACUGCAUGUAAAUCCGUGCAGGUGAAUGGAGCAGCAACAGAAUUGAGAAAGCCCAGUUAUGCAGAGAUUUGUCAGAGAACGAGUAAAGACCCUGCCUCCUCCUCUCCAUUGCAACCCCCAAAAGAACAAAAGCCAAACACUGUCGCCUGUGGGAAGGAGGAGAAGAAGCUUUCUGAGCCUGUCGAGAGAUAUCGGGAGCCCCCUGCCCUCAAGUCCACUCCUGGAGUCCCCAAAGAUCAGAGGAGGCAGCCUGGGCGCCGGCCCUCUCCACCAGCUGCCGGGAAGCGCCCGAGCAGGGAACAGAACACUCCGCCCAAGUCUCCUCAGUGAGAGCUGGAUGCCUGCGAGGGGUCUGAAGAGCUGGAUUCACUGAGAGACGCUCUCCCACUCAGUAUGGAAUGAGCCGCUGGUUAGGAGCUUGCAGUGUCUGUGGGGCCCGUGGGAUACCUGCAAGUUACUUCCUUCUGUGAGUCGGAAAUUCCCCCUCUUGAAAAAAAAAAUCUAUUUUUCAGGAUUUAAUUAUAUAAUAUAAACCUUAUUUUAGGUUGGUGCUUAACUGGAGGUGAUACAGAAGUCUGAUGUUUUUCAGGAUAGAAAAUGUAUUUAUCCUAACAAAUGGAUAUUUUUUAUUAAGCCUCCACGUGGCUCUGAGUGCAAA